AUGGCUAGCUUCUUUGAUAUCAAAGCUCGUAAGGCGGAAGCUGCCUCAAACGGCACCACAAAUGCAAAAGAAGAAGCUAAGAAAAAUAAUCGCAUGCAACCAUGGGUCGAGAAAUAUCGGCCCAAAGGCCUAGGAGAUGUUACGGCGCAAGAUCAUACCAUCACUGUUCUGCAACGCACACUGCAAUCCUCCAAUCUCCCGCAUAUGCUCUUCUAUGGCCCUCCAGGUACAGGUAAAACAUCUACGGUUCUCGCUCUCGCCAAAGAACUCUACGGUCCCGAACUCAUGAAAUCCCGCGUCCUCGAACUGAACGCUUCCGACGAACGAGGUAUAUCUAUUGUCCGUGAAAAAGUGAAAGAUUUCGCUCGCAUGCAGCUUUCCAAUCCCUCGCCCGCAUAUCGUCAGAAGUAUCCGUGUCCACCUUACAAGAUUAUUAUAUUGGAUGAGGCGGACAGUAUGACGCAGGAUGCGCAGAGUGCGUUGAGAAGAACGAUGGAGACGUACAGUAGGAUUACGAGAUUUUGUUUGAUUUGCAACUAUGUGACGAGGAUUAUUGAUCCCUUGGCGAGUAGGUGUAGCAAGUUUCGGUUCAAGAGCUUGGACAAGGGGAAUGCGGUGGUUAGAGUGAGGGAAAUCGCGGAUAAGGAGGGUGUUAGGUUGGAGGAGGGAGCGGUGGAAGCGCUGAUUAAGUGCAGCGAGGGAGAUUUGAGAAAAGCGAUUACAUAUUUGCAGAGUGCGGCGAGGUUGGUGGGAGCGGUUAGUCCGGAAGGCGAAGAGAGGCACAAUGCAGAUAAAAUGGAUGUGGAUGAGAAGAUGGUUACAGUGAGCAGCGUGGAAGAUAUUGCAGGAGUUAUACCAGAUAACACGAUUGAGAAAUUGGUCAAGGCCAUGCAACCGAGAUCGAGAGGAGUUGUAUAUGAAGCUGUAUCCAAAGUAGUCGUUGAUAUGGUGGCAGAUGGGUGGAGUGGCACACAAGUCGUCUCGCAGCUGUACCAAACCAUCAUCAACUCCGAAUUGAUCGCCGACUCCCACAAGAACAAAAUCGUAGCUCUCUUUUCAGAAGCAGACAAACGACUCGUGGAUGGUGCAGACGAACAUCUCACCAUUCUCGACCUGUCUUUAAGGAUAUCCAACAUUCUAGGCAGUUCUUGA